GUAUCACAGAGCAACAGAAAUGGUUCUCUUGCAAAUGCUAAAACUCUCAGCAAGGAAGAAUUGUGGAGGUAAACAUGUCUAUUUUUUGUAUUUAAUAAUUGAAAGGUUAAUUGUUUGUGAAAUACUAUAUUGCAUAUUCAGCCAAACUAGCGCUGCAAAAUCAGUAUUGAUAAUAAUAAUGAUAAUCAAUGUCAUUAUUAUUAUUCUUAUCAUUUUUAUUGAUAUUCAGCAUGCAAAGAAAGUCGCAUCCGAUGGCUCGGGGCUAGUGCAUUUGGCUAUUAGGCUAGUGAUAUUUGUUCUUAACUUGCCCGACAAGCAAGUGCUGUUUUUUGGGGAAAUUCAAAUUACAGAAGGAUUGUAAUCAAUCCUACUAAUCAAAAAGGGUUUUGGGGCUAGUUGAAAUGACUUGUGGGCUAGUACAUGCUAGCCACAGCUUGCAUGCCUGAAAGGCAAGACUGAUGAUGGUGACGUCAGCAAUCACAUUGCUGAGCACCAUUUACAGACAAAACAUCGAAUUGACUGGGACUCUGCGACAUGUAUAACGUAUUCUACAGACUACUACCAACGUCUUACUUUAGAAAGAUGGUUUACUAACUCAGAACAAACGCCACUGAAUCGUAGCCAACAGUUACCGGUGCCAUACAAACGACUUGUUGACGAGAUCAAGCAAAACUAACUACGAGAGAACGACGGGAGAACUGACAAUUUGACUAACAAUAGACGACUGUUUAACUGUGACAAUAGACGGAUCGAAAUGCACCAAUUACUGAUUAUGAGUCUUCAUAGCCAAUAACAUCACAGCUUAACUGGCAGACGACCAAUAACAUUCAAAUGUAAUUGAUCAAUCAGACCAAUAACCAGAGUAUAAUACCAUCAACUGACGUUACAACAACUGACUUUGACUCUGAAGAUGACUACCACACAGGUUGUUGAAACGUCAGUCACUGUCAACAACAACAGUCCUAUUCAGGUCUACGUUCACCCGGACGAUCAAACUCAACCCACUUUUGAAAUGACUCCUGGGUCCAAACCUUUCACAAUGUUAUUUGAAUUCAAAUUUGUAUUCCACAUUAGAUAAAGGGCAUUAAAUUGUGCAAGGAUGCUUUGUUUAACCCUGAGAAUCUGAUACAGGAUUAACCUAUUUUGAUGUUAUUCACUUGAUGAAUGAUAGGAUAGAACAUGAAAAGUUACAUGCUAAACACAAAGGUCAUGAAGCCAUGCACAUGGAGAUGGUUCUUAUUCUAUUUUCUACACUUGUGGUAGCCCAGGUUCUUUUGGUAAAGUGGAAAAAGCAUUACUACAAGUCAUUCCAGGUAAAGAGAUCACAACAUUUCUGAAAAAUACAAUGGUUGGAAGAAACUUGUGGUUGACUGCUCUUCAGUUGGCUGAUGAUGAUGUAUUUAUUAAUUAGAAGGAGAAGACCAAUGAGGCAUGAGAUAUUAUUUUAUUAUUAUCAUCUAAAUGGCAAGCAACAGCUCGCUUGUGUGAACAUUCUGGUCUUCAGUAUGAUUGACAGUAACAAAACAAGUGCCCCUGAAAUAUUAAGAGGGACUAAAAUUCUAUUAUUAUUGAUAAGGGCUACGUUUAUGUCUUUUGGUAUGGCUGAGUUGUUACUGCAGUGUAAAUUGUAUGGCACUGCUGAAAUACAAUGGGUUCUGAUCCCGUUUCAAUUGUUUUUUUCCAUGUUAAUUUGCAAUUGCUUAAAUUGCAAUUACCACUACGACGAUCUUAUCUUCAUUUAGAUUUACCUCCAAUUGAGGACACAAUAAUAAUUAGUUGACACACUUUGCCUUUAAGUGCCUUUCUGACAUUUUGCCCUUUUAAAGGGAAAAAUGAAGCUUUCCUUCCCCUACCCCCUCCAAGCUAUGUUCUGCCGCUGCAUGUUAACUGAUUGAAAAAAAUCACUAAUUUCCUUUUUAUUUUUUAACAACCUAGGCUGUCACUCUAGUUGGUAUGUGGUUGAUUCCUCUGUAUUUCAACAUUAAGCUUAAGUUUUGGCGCAUGCUGUCUGCUUGGGUGCUGUUCUCAGUUUUGACGGGACUUAUCGUUUUCAAGUCCACAAGAAAGCCAUUAACACCAACAACUCCGAGGUAUAGUAACUACUGUAAUGCAGCUAUUAAUCCUUUAGCCUGGUCAGGUUUCCAACUAAAGAUAAUGUGUAGUCAGGAGAAAAGAGAGAAAGGAAAGGCAAAUGAUAGUUUAUUGAAAAUUAAACGAGACUUGCAUGUAAGUCGAAGGUUGAUUAAGAUUCUACGAGUCAUCAGCUGGGAGUGUAGGAGUUGUACGACUCCACAACGGUAAAAGCCUGUCUUGCUUCAGUGCAAGAACUACACAACUGAUCUGACACAUGAGCUUCCUUCUUACCACACCUUCACGACCUUGGCUGAUAACCAAAUAGAAUACAGGCAUGACUCAUCCCUCUUAACCACAGGCAGUCCAAAAUCAUGUUACAAGGAAACGAAGGGGAUCAUGUAAUUUACAUUCUUAAAAAUCUCACAUGUAGGUGACACAGAACCUGACCUUUGUGUGUAAGCCAUGCCAUUGUCAGGUCACAGAUGACCAUUUGAUUUAAGAGAUUUUGAGAAAUACAUUAUACUGAGAUCUGUGAUCUCUAAGCAAAGAUAAAACUAUGCUUUUGUUUCGUGAAGUGUUUUAAAGAAGACUUAUCUUCAUUCCAAAGGUUUAUUGUGUGUUCAUCAUUUCACUGGAUUUUUAGGCUUUAUUGUAUACUUUCCUGAUACUUUCAUUGCCUCUUUUUCUUCUUGCUUUGCAUGACCAUCAGUUGCAGAGCUAGGAACACUGUUGGACAAAACAUGGUCAAAAUAAUCACCAGCAGUAAUAAUAAAACAGUGAUGUUAAAGACAGUGGCUUAUAGAUAUCAUGAUCACUCAUAAACUGUUUGAUUCAUCUAUUUUUCUCCUUUGCAGACUUGUUUACAAAUGGUUUUUGUUGAUACACAAAGUGACUUAUGCCUUGGGAAUAAUAGGCUACAUGGCUGUUUGUCUCACAAUGCUUGGCGUCAAUCUAAUGUUUGCAAUUAGGCCUGAUACUGCCAUGGAGUUUGGAGUGACCGUGUUGUUUUAUGGACUUUAUUUUGGAGUGCUUGGUAGAGAUUUUGCUGAGAUAUGUGCAGAUAACAUUGCUUCAAAACUAGGUGUAAGUACUAGCCUUUUCUUACUUUCUGCGGCUGCACUAGCGGCAAAUAAAACAUGAGGUACUUUCCGCAUAUUAAUUAGAAUUAACUGGUUUCAAAAAUACAUUUCGAGUUACAGCUGUGUAUUUUAGGUGUCAACUGAGUAUUAACAGGGUCAUGCAAAUUGUCCGAGAGCAGUGCAUUUCCAUGGGGAAGAUUCACAACUUAGCAGAGUCAUACAAUUUUCUCUUUAUUUUAUUAGUAUUCUAGUAAAGAUGGGCUUCCAAGUAGAAGCCUUGAGAUCAACAUUUGUGCCGUUUGUGGCCAAGAACUUGUGUUGCAGCAAGAUGAUGAUGAUGAUGGGCCUGAGAAAAAUUACAAACUCUCUUGUGGUCAUUUGUAUCCUUGCCUUUUAAAAAUAAUGUGUAAUGGAGUAGACUUUCGGAAAAGUCCUUCUUCCCAUUUAAUCAGGGGCAUCCAACGACGGUCUCCUACUAAAUGCAUUAAUAACACUUUUUAGGCUAUCUGGAGCUAGAGUACAAAGACGUCUAAAGAAACGAGCGUGGAAAUUCCUACUGAUGACUCAUCACUAUCCAGAUCUGGGUAGUGACGCGUCAUCGGUAUGGAAUUUCUGCACUCGUUUCUCAGAAAUCUUUUGGCGGGAAACCAGUGGUGGCGUCUCUCCUCACGUGGGCCUGGUUUGCGUGAUGAAUACAUAAUUACAUACUUUUUCCGUCAUGAUUUGUCUCUAACUUGUCUCUCUAGAAACGUCAUUUUUAGUUAUGUUGAAUUUGUGAAUUUGUUUCUGUGAAUCAGUGUCUAUCCUUCACAAACAAUAAACCCAGAUUCCACGAGUUCUGUAUACGUGGUUGGUGUAUCGUUGGAAAGAAGCAAACUUGUCCUUAUUGUAAAGAAAAGGUAGACCUCAAGAGGAUGUUCCACAAUCCGUAUCCUUUUAUAAAUUUCUACCUUGGAAGCACACCAGAAUCGGGCAUAAAGGCUCUACCAGCAGGGUGAUAAAUUGCUUGUCAAUAUUGGGAAAAUAUCAAUCAAGCCGGUCACUUUACUUAGCUAUCCAACCUGGCCCUCUCGCGUCAAGUUUAAGUUCACCUCAGCAAACUCAAGCAAAACAAACAUGCGUCAGGUUUAAGUUCACCUCAGCAAACUCAAGGAAAACAAACAUGCAAAAACUUUUUAAAAACUUUCAAGAAUUUACUUAAGUAAUUACACUGACCCGCAGGUAGUAAAUGCUAAUCUAGGCGGGUCCGACGAACAACUGAGGGUUAACUGUUUUAACUCAUGGUAGAAUGGCGAUGACUAUAAUUUUUUUCUGCCAAGAUGACACUGGUUCACGCGCAAACACUACCUUAAUGUGGAGAAAAUCUUGUUCUUGCAGUCCUCCUCGUCUUAGAAUCUUAAGGUGUCUAAUAAGUUGUCUGGAAAGCAACACUACUUCUUCUUCUAAAAAGCAAUUAUUCUGGGAAUAUCUUUCAACUUUCCUUGACCAGUCCCCAGGUGGGAGCGUCCACACGUCCUUUUUGGACAGCUUUUGGACUGGAUCCGAUACCUCGUUGUGUGGCAGCCCAUAAUUAUUGUUGUAGUACAGAUAAUAAUUUAUCUUCUAGGUCUAGAAUAG